AUGUCGCAGCAAGUUUCGCUCCAGUCCUUUUUCACCCAGUCUUCCCAGCAAGGGACAGCCCCCCCACAGAAUAGGAACACUCAGGAUCCCAACCCAACCCCAUCCGGAGCACAGGAACAGGAGUUUUCCUCGACCUUUGCAAAAGAAUCUGACUAUAACGACCCUUACCAACCGAGCAUUGACUACCUCUACCCGAGUACUGUCCCCCAAACCACUCACACCCAGACAGACUUAAACUACAUUACCUGGGCCAUCAGACAUGCCACCAGCCGGAUCUGCCCACCCUCCGACAGAAUUGAAUACCUCGAGGAGCAAUCGAUCACACUCCGGAGAACAGUGGAUACACUGAAACACCAAAUCGAGGCACAAACAAUGAUGAUCACCAAUAUGCACUCGGCGAUCCAUUCCCUCCUCAACAAACAACCACAACCGCAGCAACCGCAACAACAACAGCAACAACAACAACCACAACAACCGCAACAGAGACAAAGAACGGCCCCUCCAGCGGUCCCCCAAACAAUUCCCCAAGCAGCGCUACAGGCAGCUCCUCAGGCCCCCCCACCCGCACCUCCCCAACAAGCCCCACCCCGUGGAUGGAAAGCAGGCACCUGGGCCACCGUGGCCUCGGCAGCCGUCCCUGCUCAGAAAUUCCAGGUGGUCGAAAGAAAGAAGCCUGCAAAGCCAAAAGCGGACCCCAUCUUUAAACCAGAGUACACCAAAAUCAACAGAGAAAUCAUUGUUGAAACCACUGCUCCAUCCGAUGUCAACACCUCCGAGAUCAGGACCCUGGUCAACGCAAGAAUCCAAGACGAAUCCUGCCACUUUAUCUCAGCAAGGAGAACAGCCAAGGAUAACUUCAUCUUGGAAACAAAAUUCGUUACCCCUGCAACAAAGGCAAUGGAAUAUGCCAAAGAAAUUGAGGAGGCCCUCCUCACCCUACAGGUACCGGUCGCCAUCAUCCGUGCAAACUCCAAAUGGUCAAAGUUCCUCCUCCAUGGAAUCCCCACAACGGUCGGGGAGGGCAUCGAGGCGGGACAAUUGGUAGCAUCAGAAAUCAGAAGCAACUAUGGAGAGAACUUCCAACUUGCCCAGGUUCCCCGCUGGAUCUCCAGAGCAGAGACUCGAAUGGAGAAAACCCACUCAUUGGAACGGGGGUCUCUUCUAAGAGAAAUAGAAUGA